CUGGAGUAUUUGUCAUAAGCAAUUAGUGGGCAAGUGAAUCUUUUAUCUUAGUUGUAUGUAGGAUAAUAUCUGAACGCACCCUAAUGUAAUGUCUUUCUUUCUUCACCAGUGUUGCCAGGCAUACGAUAAUUAUCGUAAAUGUACGACAAUUUGAGCUUACGGCUACAACCGCGAAAAUCGAAGUUCGUCAAUUGCGGGCAUUUUUCUCAAUCACUCUAAUUAUGUAUUAGUGAGAGUAAAAGAGAAAGAUCCCCGGCAUUUGCAAAUUUCGAUUUUCGCGGUAGGCCCCCAGUACGAUGUAAGUUCCAAAGAGCAUUAUCGUACUUUUGCGUACGAUAAUUUCAGCCUUUGGACGAUGCCACCCAAAAUUAGAACCAUUCGGAUAUUCGGCUCCUUGCUCAAAGUUGUCAAAUUUUUUUGUAAACCGUUUGGAUCUGUCACAAAAAUACACAAAUAUAAAACUUAUUUUUGUGUAAUUUAGACGAAAACUGUGUUUUCUUUGAUAGUAUAUUGGAAAUUUAAGCUUAUAUUGCAAGCAAUUUUUGGAGUAUUGUCUUUUUGAUAGACGUAUGAUUUUUUUUCAGCGGUACGAUAAUUUUGACACUCAAAUACGAUAAUACUCUUCGCGCACUUGGCAACAUUGUUCUUCCCUUUCUUCAGUAGUAGCCGCGUAUCGCGGUGCACUCUGUAGUUUUUUUGUCAUUGUUAGCUUUUAUUUGUAUUCGGCUCGGAAAUACUAAAUAGUAUUAUGCAUAUAACAUGGUUCAAGUAUUUCCAAAUACUUUAGUAUGCGACUAUAACCUGCCUCAUUUUUAGAUUAAGUGGUGUCAUUUUAAUUACACACAGAGUAUUAUUGUGUAAUGCAGUUUAUAGAAACCCGGGCUACAUAAUUUAUAUGCUUAUUUUAAAAGUACUCUGUGCAUUAAAUAAUCCUUCAAUGCUUUUUAAAGAUAUCGAUGUUAAGAUAUUGUCUUAGAAGGAUGGGUAAAAUAAAUAACUCUUUCCUUUGGGGCAUUAUAUUUGCAUCGGCGACGUGGAGUGUUUCUUUGUAUUUGUAUUGGUUACUGAACAUGAGCGGUGAAACAGUUAUGAUCAAUGGAGAGAAAAAAAUACAUUACCGUUUAGUGAAUACCGAGGAGAAGAACCGUAUAAAGAAUAAUGACAAAUCUAUUGCUGCCCUAGAGGGCAAAGAUUUACUGUAUGAUACCCCUGGAGUGAAAAAUCAAUAUUCAGGAAACAUGUGGAAGUUCCAAAAAAAUCCAUCUGAAUAUCAACGAAAAAUGAUGCUGAAGGAAAAGUAUGCCAAACAAAUGGGACUCAAACUGUCAGCCAAGCCAGAUAAAAGUCUAGACAGUCAAUUUGGAUUGAUACACAAUGCUGAAGAUGUUAGAACUCGUGACAAGGGAUACAAUUUGCAUGCUUUUAACACACUUAUAUCACAACGAAUAGGAAAUCACCGUGGUGUACCUGAUACAAGAAAUAAGUUAUGUCGUAUACGGAAGUACAGUAAUAAACUACCAAAGGCAUCCAUAAUUAUAUGUUUCUACAAUGAACACUUUGAAACUCUCAUGCGUUCCGUGCAUUCAAUAUUAGACAGAACAGAUCAGAAACAUUUGAAAGAAAUCAUUCUAGUUGAUGAUUAUAGUGACAUAGAAGGUCUUCAUGAUGAUAUACAGAAAGCUGUUAAUGAUCUCAACAACAAUAUGCGAAGGGAUGAAGAAAUGCUUGAAACAAAUAACAUAGAUGUCGAGAAUGUUGUAGAUUACAUCAUUGAUGAUCCUAAUGCCGAGAAGAAGUCCACUGACAGGAAUCCUAAACAUGGUUUUAUCAUAAGACUUCUACGGACAAGUAGGAGGGAGGGGCUCAUACGCGCGAGGCUGCAUGGGGCCGACAAUAGCAUCGGAGAGGUACUGGUGUUCCUAGACUCUCACAUAGAGGUUAACACAGAGUGGCUCCCGCCGCUCCUUGCGCGGCUGUCCGAAGGGGUGGACGGGAGCACCGUGCUGUACUCGCCCAGAGCCGUCGCGCCCGUCAUUGACGUCAUUAACGCCGACACUUUCGAGUAUUCGGCCAGCCCUCUGGUGCGAGGAGGCUUCAACUGGGGGCUACAUUUUAAAUGGGAUAACUUGCCUAAAGGAACACUGAAAACUGACGAAGAUUUCGUGCAACCUAUCAAGUCUCCGACAAUGGCUGGCGGAUUGUUUGCGAUAUACCGACAGUACUUCAACUACAUCGGCAAAUACGACUCCGGCAUGAAUGUAUGGGGAGGUGAAAACCUAGAGAUUUCAUUCAGGAUAUGGAUGUGUGGCGGGAGCCUGGAGUUGGUGCCCUGUAGUCGCGUAGGGCACGUAUUCCGCAAGCGGCGCCCCUACGGGCUCGGCGAGAAGGAGGACUACAUGCUGCACAACUCCAUGCGGAUGGCCUACGUGUGGAUGGACGAGUACAUUAAGAAAGUAAUACAUCAGAACCCAUCGGCGGCGCACGUUUCUGUGGGCGAUAUUUCCGAGCGCAAGGCGCUGCGAGACCGACUGCAGUGCAAGUCCUUCAAGUGGUAUCUCGAUAAUGUGUACCCCGAGCUCGAGCUGGGCGACGACUCGGCGGCCAAGAGGAGGAUGGCGGCGCUCAACGACCCCGGCAAGAACAAGUUCCAGCCGUGGCAUUCCAGGCAGCGCAAUUACACUGACUCUUUCCAAUUACGUCUGAAAAACACGUCGCUGUGCAUACAAAGCGUCAAGGACAUCAAGAGCAAGGGCAGCGGCUUGGUCCUCGCCAGCUGCAUACGGACGCUUAACCAAAUGUGGUUCGAAACUAGUCGCAAUGAGCUGGUGUUGGGGCGGACUCUGUGCCUGGACGCGACGGGGAACGUGGCGCCGACGCUGGGCAAGUGCCACGAACUCGGCGGCUCGCAGGAGUGGAAACACAAGGCCUCGGCAGGUAGUCCAGUUUACAACGAGGCGGCAGGUAUGUGUCUCGGCGUCGAACGUGCUUAUAGAUCGGAGCCUCUGCUCAUGGUCAUAUGUGACAACCAACCGACGAAUCAAUGGGACUUCAUCAGAUCUUAAUCUAGCUGCUAACUGUUGAAAAUUACUAAGUGAAGGAUAUACGGAAAAAACAAGUCUAGUCACUUUCUUUGGAAAAUAAGAUUUUAAACCCAAAAUGCAGAGCUGUUAAUGAGCUAUUACUUACAUCUUCUGUAGGUAAUCACUGUAUCACACUGUAUUAUAAUAUUUUUUACAGUACAUAUGGGGCUACUUUAUAGCACUAGUGCGAGAAGUAGCAUAUUACGUUACUGUGUCGAACAUUUAAAGGGCCAUAUGUACUGUAAAACGUUGUACGAUACAUGUGCGAAUAGGUAAUUCGCAACUCGUGUCGAUUUAAAACACUCCCUUCGGUCGUGUUUUAAUUUAUCGCCACUCGUUUCGAAUUUCCUAUUUUUCGCACUUGUAUCGUAAUGUACUAUUUCACUGUUUAAUAUUUAUUUUAUCUACAUAUCAUAAACCUUCUAUGAUGCCUUAAAAAUCCGUAAAUAAUGACCAAGAUUAAGAUAAACUGUUUUGUUACAACAAAUUUCUUAUCUGUGAAAAUGUUGUAAUCGCUUCAUUACUACAUCAACAAUCGAUUUGGCAACGUCAUUCAAAUUUCGAACAUAUCUGAAAAAAAAAAAGCAAUUCGAUUCGCCCUGAAUUCCAAUAUCAGUCGAGAUUCCUUUUUGUUCGACAUAGAAUGUAAAUUGUAUACAAUUUUAACAAAUCUCGUUUGUUAGUUUGUAUCGAACGAUACGGAAAAAGGCCCCCGACUCUAGUUUGUCUUUGAAUAAAAAAAACCAUGAAUGUGUGACAUGCGUGAAAAAAAGUUUUCAUUUACUGUCUUUCGUUUAAUUAGUUUUAAGUGUAAAAUGAGUUUGUUUUGUUGUUUUUAAAGCAAAAGUAUCGUUUAAAAUGAGCAUUAAACAUAUUUCGGCGACGCCGCCACAUAUCCACGAGUUCCGCCCAAAGAGCAACGAUGCCCCAAUGUUGGCUGUAAUUUGGGUUAGUGAAUAUAUCAUAGAAAGUUUAUAAUAUGUGUGUAGAUAAAAUAGUGUAUGUAGUUCUUUACGUAGGUUUGCGUACUAGACAUGUUCUUUCCGAGUACCCUUCUAGUAGUUUGUUAUAGACGUUGUCAAUAGUUGUACUAUCAACGAUAAUAUAAGUAUACUAGUCUAGUUAUAAGUAUACUCGUUGGCUCAUUUUCAUGGGUCGAUUGUACCUUUCCGGAAACGCUUGUAUUACGAUAGAUGUUUAUAUAAAUAUUGAAGUAGGAUAUUGCCUCAUGCGAUGCAAGAGAGACGGGCGCAAAGGGUCUAUUAGAAAAAUAAUGUGUUAUUUGUCGUGCGGUAUAUAGGAAAACAACUUUAAUACUUUGCAAAAACGCUUCUUAUUUUCGUUAUCAUACAAUUAAUAAUGGAAACCAAUAAACAUCUUCAUUAUUUCUUUGAGAUGGCUUAAGUUAAAUUAAGAAGCUUUAGUUUAACGAGGUAUAGGCCAAUCAAAUUUGAUCCAUAAAAAGCGUUUUCAGAAAUUAAUUUCCAGCAAGCUGGAAAUCGUUUUAAUGUUUUCAUUUGGUCCUAAAUGCGUGUAAUCCAAGUUUGCGCAAUCCAGAGAGGAGUUUUGCAUAAAUUUUCAGAGCCUUGGGAGAUACAUUUUUCUUCGGGUUGCCAAAUCACUUGAAAAAGACGGAAUCCAACAUCACAAUAGCACCAGCAAGAUAUAGUGGAUCAGAUACUGGUGAAAAGGCGUUUUCGUAUUUGAAUACUUGUAUACCAAAUAUAAAGAAAUUCAAAAUGACGGCCUUUUUUACAACUUACGAAAUCAUACUAAGGUACCUUUCCUAAGUCUCCUAGGUUCUCAGACAUCAAUUUUACCGUCGAACGUCGUUUUCGUACAACAAGCAAAAAAAAAAAAAACAACUGAAACAGAGCAAAACUUUAUGCACACCUCUUGGAAUUGCGCUAACUCGGAUUACACUAAUUUAGGACCAAUUGAAGGUAUCAAAACGAUUUUCCGGCUUACUGGAUUAAUUCUUCGAAAAAAUCUAAUUUGAUUAGUCUAAUUAGUAGGUAAAGCACAGCAAAAUCGUUAGAAUAAUUGAUGUGUCAAUAGCGUGCAACAGGGUAUUUUACUAUUUUUAACCCCCGACGCAAAAAGAGACGUGUUGUAUGUUUGACGCCAAUGUCUGUAUGUGUGUCUGUCGUUCUGUCUGUGGCAUUAUAGCUCUUUAACGGAUGGUCCGAUUUCGAUGCGGUUAUUUACGUGAAAGCGAGUUUCCUUGCGGUGGUUCUUGGCUGUUGAAAAGAGUAUCAGUUCUUUUCCAAAAUAAUGGUACGCAUUUUUGGCAUGACAUCGAUUUACGCAUUUUGGCACAUAGAAUGAAUUGAAUUAAUUAGCCCUCUUAGUUUUUGUCGGAAUCGAUAUCUGGCCUAUUUAAAAGACUAGCCAUAAUAGUGAUCAAUGAAAUGAUCUAAAACCAGAAUCUUACUUAUGUUAUGGUUUGAAAAGUAAUAAUGUAUUUGUUCUAUUAAAAAAUAGUAUUUGUUGUAUUAAAAAAGUAUGUAUUUUUUCUAUUAUCGACGUCAAAUAUUAAUAUUUUAUUUUAAAAUUGACUUUAAAUGCGAUCUAUUAAAACCAUCUAUUAAAAUGUAACCUAUUUUUAAGAGCCAGGCCAAGAAUAACUUAUUUAUUAUUAUUAAUAUUUGACGACGAUUUGCGGUCUGACCUAGUGGGUCGUGACGCUGUCUAAGAAACUGAUGGUCCUGGGUUCGAAUCCCGGUAAGGGCAUUUAUUUGUGUGAUGAGCACAGAUAUUUGUUGCUAAGACAUAGGUGUUUUUUAUGUAUUUAUGUAUUAUAAAUAUCGUUGUCUGAGUACCCACAACACAAGCCUUCUUGAGGUUACUAUGGGGCUUAGUCAAUUAGUGUAAGAAUAUAUAAAUAUAUUUAAUUAUUAUA